GAUAUCAAGAAUUUGCUGAACAUUUGAGCCUGGGGAGAGGGGGACUGCUGCGAGUCAGACCCGGUGUCUAUUGUACCACUAUCUGUUCGUCCGCAGUGAUGCAUUUUUAUCGGGGAUAGUCUUUAUACUUUGGGUACCUGUUUUGACUCUCCGCGAAUCCGUAUUCAUAAAUCCAUCAAGAUGCGCGAGAUCGAUUCACUCAUCUCGGAGUAUCAACAUGAAAGACACCGCCCUAGAGAAUCCGAAGCGUUGUUGAUGCUUCGGAAAGUUGCUUCGCUGGUCAAACCAAUCAUGCGACAACGGGCGUGGCGAGUAGGAACACUAUGCGAAUUUUAUCCUCAUCAGCGGAACCUCUUGGGCUUGAAUGUGAACGCUGGUCAGAAAAUCUGUUUGAGAUUACGAUAUCCCUCUGACCAGUGCCAAUUUCUACCUUUGGAACAUGUGGUGGAUACUAUGUUGCAUGAGCUCUGCCAUAUUGUGCAUGGCCCGCAUAACCGAAAUUUCCAUGCUCUCUGGAACCAGUUACGUGAUGAGCAUGAAGAGCUAGUCAUCAAGGGAUAUACUGGAGAAGGGUUCCUUUCGCAAGGCAGAAGACUAGGUGGUCGUAAGAUACCUAUGGAAGAAGCUCGCAGACAAGCUCGAGCAGCGGCAGAGCAGAGGCGGAAACUUGCCGCGGGUUCAGGGCAAAGAUUAGGCGGUGCACCGGUACUACGAGGAACAGACAUGCGCAGGGUAAUCGCUGAUGCUGCACAGCGGCGGACAGACGUGACCAGUGGUUGUGCCUCGGGCCGCGAGAAUACUAACGAUCUUGCUGAGGAGGCUUCCAAGAAUGGUUUUAGGACCAAAGCAGAAGAGGAUGAUGCCAACGAACAGGCAAUUAUGCAAGCUUAUAUUGAGUUGAUCCAGCAAGAAGAACGGGAAAGAUAUGGUCCUUCUUACAUUCCGCCGAGUCAAGGAAAUCCAGCUGGACCUCGAUCUAUUGCGUCUCCUCCCCCGGUUCCAGAGAGCAGCAGCCACCCUACUUCAUCACCAGCGCCACCACCACCCGAUCCGGCCGAUCUCAUAUCCGAUAGCCGUGCAUAUGAUCAGCCAUGGACAUGUCCUAUUUGCACGCUCGAAAAUCCACCCAACUUCCUAUGUUGUGAUGCAUGCACAGUAGAGCGACCCCGGCCGUCUAAUCCAAGGUCGGUUUCAGGGCCAGCCACCGCAACCUCUGAAGCCACAGCGCGGGGCAGAAACAAGCGGACACUGAGCGAAACUGGCAGCAAGCCAAAUCUCAAGAAUCGAACGAAGGCCGCCAAAUCGCUUGCUGAUAUAGAGAGAAACGCGCAGAAGCGCCCGUUGGGCUGGGUCUGCCAUUCCUGCGGAUCUUUUAUGGAAACAGAGUAUUGGACGUGCUCGAAUUGCGGGUUGAUGAAGCAGUCCUCAUGAUUUGAUCUAUCAUUCUCUCUUACGAUACGCGUCUUGAUAUGGAGUUUUAUACCCGUGAUGUUUGGCUUUACUAUGGCUUUUUUGUAUGGAUUUUGCUACAUGAUGAUGCACAAGAAUAUAAUAGACUUUGUUUUACAUUCUAUGUUCUUCUGACUAUUCUCC